AUGCAGCGAGUGAUAUGCCAGCAGGCUUUUCACUAUGGACAUGGAUCGCAUUACAUCCAUGUUCGGCAGCCCGGUCCCGCACACGAGCCAGAAGCACCGACGCCCCAGGCCAGCAUAGUCGCGCAAGCCAUCAAUUAUAUGGAAGCGAUAUUCACGCGGCAGCAGCAGGAGCCACGGAUGAUCCAGGGCAGCGAUAUUUACGAGACGAACCUUGGUUAG